AAGAUGGCGAGCGCGGGCCCGCGCGCGGCCCAAGAUGGCGGCGGGCGGCGCGGCGCGGGGCCGGAGGCGCUCGGACACCCGCGGGCCCGCUCGCCCGGCCCGGCCACGGCCACGGCACCGGGCUCGGCGCUCCGCGGAGGCUGCCCCGGCUGCCGACCCCGCACAGCCCGCGGAGGAAGCAGCCGACACGGUGAGCCCGUGUUCAUCACAUGAAGCUGCUGAAGGACGACCUGCAAAGAGGAUGAAAUACGAAGAAAGCAAUCUAAAAUCAGAGCUAGAGGGACUCACGUGUGAAAGUGGAAACCUUGCUGCGCUGGGGGAAACACCUAAAACGUCUGAUGGGGAUGGAGGUUCAGAAGAUCCAAGAGAGAGCAGUACAAUCCAACAGGAAAAAGAUGAAAGCAUCCCAGAGACUGACGAAGGGAAGCAGGAGAAGGAGCAUGGCGUUUCUCUGGAGCCACACACGGUGAAAUCCAGCGGUGCCCCAUUAAAAACGGGUGGAUACCUGCACCACUACCACGUGUUCAGUGAGGAGGAGAGCAGCUGUGGGAGCUGUGACGGGGCCACCUCGGAGGACGCGGAUCAGCCGCGGAGGCCGAUGCUGCUGGAGCACAGCAGUGGCCUCUCGGAUGAGGACAGCAACCAGCCCAUGCCAGUGCACCGCUUCUUUGGAGACGUUGAACUGCACCUUCCAGCAGUUGUGCUCCCGAGUGUGACGAGGAGCAGGCGAGAAGCCAGGAAGCUGCAUUUCAUUGCAAAGGAAGAUGAUGAAGAGGAGGAGGAGGAAGAGGAUCAUGUCUAACAACAGACUGUAAACAAAUUAAACCCUUCUUCUUUCUCUUUGUGACCACAUGGCAAUGGCUGGGUCAGUAACAUAAGGUGUCUUUGUCUUUUCUCAGGGAGAGAACUGGGAGAGUUUGUUUUUCUGGAAUUGGCAGAUACAGUAUUCCAGUGAUUAUCUGGGGCAAAUACUGAAUUUUCAGUGAUUUGGAAAUAAAGUAUAAUUGAGCACUUUACCACUGAUAUUUGAGAAAAAAACCCCAGGGAAUAUAGAAGUUCUUAUGACUUUUUUGUAAAUUUGAGCCUCUAUCUUGAGAAAAUAUUUGGUUUCACUCAUUUUUUUUGCAAAAUAGUCAAGAAAAGGAUGCUGGAGCAAAGUUCUUUAAUUCUGCAGUCUGUGGCAUCCAGGUAAUGAAGGGGCCAACUGACUCCCUGGUACAAGACAGGUCAAAGGUCUUCCUUGUGUGGGUUGUUUACACCUAACCCAGGACCAAUUACACCUCUAAAAUGCAGUUCUGCUGGCAAAAUGAAAUGCAGGAUGUCAGAAUGGAUUCAGUGUGCUCAUCUCUGCGAGUUCAGCACAUUUUCAUUGCACAUCAGCUCCCCAAACACCCACCCCGUGGUGCUGCCUCCUCCCUCCACCUGCUGCUCUAAGUGUUGUCCUUCGUUGAUUUCCAACUGGUUUCCAGCAGGGAUUUUGGAAACAAAUGCUUUGGUGAUGAUACACAACAAAUACCGUCCCUUUAUGGACAGAGGGAGAUUGCUGAGGCUGUGGGACAGCCCCCUCUGCAUGUUUAAAAAACAAAAGGAGCAACCUGAGCCAAUUCCAGGAACUGUUAAUUCACCCAGUGUUUGUGGGAAUAUUUCUUUGAAAGUGUGAUUAUGCAAUAAGCUUCUAGAUAUUUAUUGUUAUAGCUCCUUCUAUGUUUCUAAAAAUAGAGAGAAAAUGUUAUCAGCAGAUGGUUUAAAUAAAUAUUAAUUUCUACAGCUA